AAAAACGAAACAACAGGUGUCAUUGCGCCGACUCGUGGCCGAUCGGUACAUAAUAUUAUUGUUAUAUUUUUCACUCGGCACGAUUCGGUUACCGUCGUUCACGCCGUACUAUUCGCAGUCGUAUCUAUAUAAUAGGUACCUAGGUGUAGAUAAGUAGUGACGAUUUGCGACUCGUGUAGGUAUACCGUGUGCCACCGCGCCCACAGUUGUGGUUGUCAAACUUAUACAUCGUAUUAUUCAUAAUUUAUUUGUAGUGACAGUUCGUAAACCGCAUUUAUCGCCUGCCACCGCCAGUUUCGUUUUUUUUUCACAUAAUAUUAGUUGUAGGUGCCUAAAGUACUGUUCGCACAGUCAAUGUGUGAACUAUAAUAUUAUGAUACAGUGGUCGUCGAUUAAAGCAAUCACCUUUGGUGCUGGACAAAACGGACAACAUAUGCCGACUGAUAAUAAUAAAGGAAAAUAUUUAAGUAUGUACGUAAUACAGCGUUGUACUUUUCAAUAACAAUAUACGGUUGAUAACAUUAACCGUGAUUAUAAUAUAAGCGGCUACCGCAGACUGAAUAAUAUUAUUAUUGUUGCGAACCCGAAGCGUACGAGUUAUGCAUAACAGUUGCCGGAUGCUAACGCUGCCAACGACUUGCAUUCUCAAAUCAUCGAAUAAACCCAUCGUAGUUCUGUAUCGUGGAGUAUUUUACAGUUCGCCUGAUCAGUCCACUUCUAGUGUUUACUGUUUGGGAAAAAGUCCACGAUGACUGCUCACGACGAGAUAAAUUACGCCUUACCCAGACUGCUGAAAUUGGCUUAUCAUGCGUGUAAUAAGAUGCAGCGAGAAAAGUACGUCGAGCUGGAUUUUCCGGACGUUGACUUGCAGAUUUGUUGCCAGUUGCUAUUCCAAAUCAUAAAACUGAACACGGAGAGUGGUGCGUUCGACUCGCUCGGUGACAGGCGAUCUAUAUUUGGCAAGGUGCAACCUAUCUUUGAUGACUGGUCAAUCGAAAUCAUUUGCGAGAAGGCAGCGUCUUACGGACACAUAGAUUGUUUGAAGUUGGCUCGCGAGAUUGGAGUUCCCUGGGCUCCCCCAUACUAUAACUGUUAUGGAUCGGCAUGCGACCAGGCCGCUCAAACAGGCAACUUAGAAUGCCUUAUAUACGCACAUGAGAACGGAAGUCCCUGGAACAGUUGGACGUGUCAGCGAGCUGCCGGAAACGGACACUUGGAGUGUUUGAGGUAUUUACAUGAAAAUGGAUGUACAUGGUACGAAAACACGUGUGCUUCUGCUGCGGAGUUUGGUCACUUGGACUGUCUGAGGUAUGCGCACGAAAAUGGAUGCCCGUGGGGCGAUGACACGUGUCUUUGGGCUGCAUUUAAAGGAAAUCUGGACUGUCUUAUUUAUGCGUAUGAAAAUGAAUGCCCACGGAACGAACACACAUGUUAUAAUGCUGCAAAGGGUGGACACUUGAACUGCCUUAUGUAUGCGCAUGAAUACGAAGAAUUUCCAUUGAGCGAGCACGUGUGUUCGGCUGCUGCGGAGGGCGGGCACUUAGACUGUCUAAUUUAUGCCCAUGAAAAUGGAUUCUGGUGGGAUGGGAAUACGUGUGCUUCUGCUGCAUUUGGCGGAUAUCUAGAUUGUCUGAGGUAUGCGUAUGAAAAUGGAUGCCCGUGGGAAAAACACACGUGUUCUAAUGCUGCGGAGGGUGGUCAUCUGGAAUGUCUAAAGUAUGCACAUGAAAAUGGAUGCCAGUGGAACAACCUAACGUGUUCGAAUGCUGCGGAGGGUGGUCACCUAGACUGUUUGAAGUAUGCCCAUGAGAAUGGAUGCCCGUGGAACGAAAAAACGUGUUCUCUGGCUGCGAAAAAUGGCCACCUGAACUGCCUUGAGUAUGCCCACGAGAAUGGAUGCCCGUGGAACAAAAAAACGUGUUCGAUGGCUGCGAAAUAUGGUCACCUGGACUGUCUUAAGUAUGCACGUGAAAAUGGUUGCUUGUGGGGCAAAAUAACGUGUUCUAAUGCUGCGGAGAAUGGGCACCUACACUGUCUUAAGUAUGCACAUGAAAAUGGUUGCCCGUGGGACCAAAAAACGUGUUCUAAGGCUGCAAAAAAUGGGCAUCUACAAUGUCUAAAGUAUGCACACAAAAAUGGAUGUCCAUGGGACGUACACAGUACAUGUUUUGAUUCUGCGGAAAUUAAAAACCAGGAUUGUCGUGAGUAUGCACUCAAGAAUGGAUGCCCUCGAUUCAAGAAUUUAUCCGGGAUUUCUAAAGAAAAAAACUCAUCAAAAUGAAUAUUCCUGUGGGCUGAGACUGUCAUAGGUACUAACGAAUGAGUCAAUUGGUUAUGUGUGUCGUAAUAUAAUUUUUUAGUAUGCCCAGAAUAUGGGUAACAGUUAAUAAAUUACUGUAAAAUAAUUAAUCAAAUUCUAAAAAAUUCUAAAAAAUUGUAUAAAUAAUUGAUUUAAGACUUUGUAUACCAAAUACGUAUCUGAAAAACUCAAUAUUAUUUAUACAUACCCACCUAUUUCUAAUAUUUUUUUGAAAUUUGUCAAUUUAACGCAUUUCUUUUUGUCUAACAUCUUUAAAUUAAAAUGUUAAAAUUGUAUGUAUAAUUUAUUUUCCUGAAAUAUACUGAAAUGUAUUUCCUCAAAUAUAAAAA